GCCCGCGCCCGAGCAGGGACUACAUUUCCCGGGGGGCCUCGGCGCGGCAGCGGCGGGCGCGGCAACGUUCCCCGGAAGUGGAGCCCGGGACUUCCACUCGUGCGUGAGGCGAGCGGAGCCGGAGACGAGACCAGAGGCCGAACUCGGGAUCUGACAAGAUGGCCGGGCUGCCCCGCAGGAUUAUCAAGGAAACCCAGCGUUUGCUGGCAGAGCCAGUUCCCGGCAUUAAAGCAGAACCAGAUGAGAGCAACGCCCGUUAUUUUCAUGUGGUCAUUGCUGGCCCUCAGGAUUCCCCGUUUGAGGGAGGGACUUUUAAACUUGAACUAUUCCUUCCAGAAGAAUACCCAAUGGCAGCCCCUAAAGUACGUUUCAUGACCAAAAUUUAUCAUCCUAAUGUAGACAAGUUGGGAAGAAUAUGUUUAGAUAUUUUGAAAGAUAAGUGGUCCCCAGCACUGCAGAUCCGCACAGUUCUGCUAUCGAUCCAGGCUUUGUUAAGUGCUCCCAAUCCAGAUGAUCCAUUAGCAAAUGAUGUAGCGGAGCAGUGGAAGAGCAACGAAGCCCAAGCCAUAGAAACAGCUAGAGCAUGGACUAGGCUAUAUGCCAUGAAUAAUAUUUAAAUCGAUCCGAUCAUCAAGUGUGCAUCACUUCUCUUGUUCUGCCAAGACUUCUUCCUUUUUUGUUUGCAUUUAAUGGACACAGUCUUAGAAACAUUACAGAAUAAAAGCCCCAGACAUCUUCAGUCCUUUGGUGAUUAAAUGCACAUUAGCAAAUCUAUGUCUUGUCCUGAUUCACUGUUGUAAAGCAUGAGCAGAGGCUAGAAGUGUCAUCUGGAUUGUUGCGAAACGUUUAAAAGCAGUGGCCCUUCUCUGCUUUUAUUCAUUUCCCCAUCAUGGUUUGAGUAUAAAGCACUGUGAAUGAAGGUAGUUGUCAGGGUUAGCUGCAGGGGUGUGGGUGUUUUUCUUUAUUAUUAUUAUUUUUUUGGUGGUGGGGGGAAGGUAGUUUUAUUUUAAUUUUAUGGGCUCCUUUCCCCCUUUUUAUGGUGAUCUGAUUGCAUUGGUUAAAAGCAGCUAACCAGUUCUUUAGAAUAUGCUCUCUAGCCAAGUCUAACUUUAUUUAGACACUGUAGAUGGACAAGCUUGAUUGUUUGAACCAAAAUGGGAACAUUAAACAAACAUCACAGCCCUCACUAAUAACAUUGUGACUUUGCUGUCAAGUGUAGAAUCCUCCCUUCAAGAAAAAGCUUGUGACCAUUUUGUAUGGCUUGUCUGGAAACUUCUGUAAAUCUUAUGUUUUAGUAAAAUAUUUUUUGUUAUUCUA